GACGGUUCGGGUUUUGAUUGCCACGUCAAAUUUUUUAAUCCAAAUAUCUAUUUAAUUUCUUUAUACAAAUUAGACAAAAGUCUCCAAAAAAAUUACAAGAGUGUUGGCUUUUAUACAUAUGUAAAUUAGACAAAAGUCUGCAAAAAAAAAAAUUAAAAAAAAUACACUAGUGUUGGAUUUUAUUUUAUAAAAAUUAAAAUACUUUUUUCUUAACAUAAUACCACAAGAAGGAAAUCAUCAAAGGCGGCCGCUAGCUGAAAUAGCUAUCUCCCAAUGCUUACCUCAGAUCAUGUCAAAUCAACGGCCCAAAUUACAAAACACCAUUUAAUCCAACGACUUACAAAUCCUACGCGUCACGAAGUAGGGCUUCCCAUGAACCCUUCCAUAACCUCUUAUCUCUUUUUCUCUCGAAACUCUCAGAUUCGCCGUUUUCUUUACAUAAAUCUGCACGUAUAGAAACACCCUUUCCAACUUUAACAACACUUUGCUUGUGUUCUUAAAGAUGGAAUCAAAUACUAACGGUGGUGGCUCUGAUCCUCAGCAACAAUCUCAGACUACUCAGCCUGCAGUGGUGGCGACAACGGCGGCGCCGGCGGUGGUUGCGGUUGGGUCACAACCGCAGCCGUGGGUGCCGAUGCAGUACCCACCUGCGGCGAUGGUAAUGCAGCAUCCUAUGAUGGCGCCCGGGCAUUACCCGAUGGCACCAUAUAUGCCCUACCACCCACACCACCUUCCUCAUCCGGCGGCGGCUCAACAGACGUCGGUUGGGGCAGGUGGUGGCGCAGGAGAGAACCGGACUGUUUGGGUUGGUGAUUUACAUAAUUGGAUGGAUGAGGAUUACCUCCGGAGCUGUUUUGCUUCUACCGGCGAGGUUGCCUCAAUUAAGGUUAUCCGCAAUAAACAAACUGGUUUCUCAGAAGGAUAUGGAUUUGUGGAGUUUUAUUCACAUGCUGCAGCCGAAAAGGUUUUGCAGACUUAUACAAGCAUUGCAAUGCCUAACACAGAACAACCUUUCCGUUUGAACUGGGCCACAUUUAGCAUGGGGGAUAAGCGUUCGAACAAUGGUUCUGAUCUUUCGAUAUUUGUAGGAGAUUUAGCUGCGGAUGUAACUGAUACUUUAUUACAUGAAACUUUUGCUAACAAAUAUCCGUCUGUUAAAGCUGCUAAAGUUGUCAUUGAUGCCAAUACGGGCCGGUCCAAAGGUUAUGGCUUUGUUAGGUUUGGAGAUGAUAGUGAGAGGACUCAAGCAAUGACUGAAAUGAAUGGAACCUAUUGUUCCAGCCGGCCCAUGCGUAUUGGUGCUGCUACUCCAAGAAAAUCAUCUGGUUACCAACCACAAUAUGGUUCACAAGGUGGUUAUAUGUCAAAUGGUGGCUCUCAUUCUGAUGGAGAUUCUAAUAACACUACGAUCUUUGUUGGAGGGCUUGACCCAACUGUAAGUGAUGAGGAUCUUAGGCAGCCUUUCUCGGAGUAUGGUGAGAUAGUUUCUGUGAAAAUACCCAUUGGAAAAGGAUGUGGAUUUGUACAAUUUGCCAACAGAAAUAAUGCUGAAGAGGCACUUCAGAAAUUAAAUGGCACCACAAUUGGCAAGCAAACUGUGCGCCUUUCUUGGGGUCGUAACCCGGCAAACAAGCAGAUGAGAGGUGAUUUUGGGAACCAGUGGGCUGGGUCAUACUAUGGAGGGCAUAUUUAUGAUGGGUAUGAGUAUGCGAUGACGCCACCACAUGACCCGAGCAUGUAUGCUGCAGCUUAUGGGGCUUAUCCAAUGUAUGGCAUUCAUCAACAACAAGUAAGCUAAUGGAGGUAUAGAGGUCUGCCUCAAAAAGAGUUCAAUCAGCAGCUGGAUAGCAUUAAGUUAAAAAUGGUAACAAACUUGUGUUCCAUUUAACCCUUUUAGUGUCUCUUUGGCAGUCUAGAAUGUGCCCAACUCUCUCCUUCCCUCUAAAUAUGGAGUGGUGGUUGAAUUUUGACUACAUGAGGUAGUUUUGUAGGGUUCAGUUAAAACUUAAAACAUGUGUUCUUUUCUCAUGUGUGGGAUUUUAACUGUAAGACCUUGGUAAUCUUAAUAAACUUCAUCACAAAAUCUUAUAUGGUAA